AAGAGCGCGUCUGGUUAUUGUUCCUGUCAGUGAGGGGCCCUGAGUUGUAGCUGAGCAGAAUGGCCGAGAGACCGGAAGAUCUGAACUUGCCCAACGCUGUGGUCACGCGGAUCAUUAAGGAAGCUCUCCCAGAAGGGGUUAAUAUCUCCAAAGAAGCACGGAGCGCAAUAUCCCGGGCGGCCAGUGUCUUUGUAUUGUAUGCGACAUCUUGCGCCAACAACUUUGCCAUGAAGGGGAAGCGGAAGACUCUAAACGCGACUGAUGUUUUGGCUGCAAUGGAAGAGAUGGAAUUCCAGCGCUUUCUGACACCCCUGAAAGAAUCCUUGGAAGUUUACAGGCAGGAUCAGAAAGGCAAAAAAGAGGCCACGGAGCAGAAGAAAAAAGACAAGGAGAAAAAGGCCGACUCUGAGGAUCAGGACAAGAGUCGUGAAGAGGAGAAUGAGGAUGAAGAUGAGAAGAUGGAGGAAGAUGAAGUUGUGGAAGAGGAGGAAGUGGAGAACUGAGCGCAGGAGAGCAUGAUGGGACUGUGUGGCCCCUCGGGGGGACCUUGUUUUGUCGCGACACUGACUUCCUGAUCAGUCAGGCUUUAUGGUUGUAAUCAUUUACUGCAUCGCUGCGCCACUCUUACCCUCCAACCAAGAGCUGUGGGCACUUAUUCUCCGGGUUGCACCCAAUGCCAUUCUGUAGGGGCAUCCCCAUGGCAACCACGUGGCACAGCGGCAGUGCCCAGCGGGCAGCUUUAUACACGGCCUUUGUAGAUAACUGGGGAGUGUCAUAUUAAAUGUUUCUUUUGUUACA